UGCUGUGACAUUGAACUGGUGACUUGGUUUUUCUUCUUCUUCUCCCUUCUUCAUGCAUCGCAGCGCCCAGGAGGAUUAAAUCUGACCAUUUUCGCAUCUUUUUUUUUUUUUUGGGGAGGAUCUUUUUUUUCCCCUUUGCUGGUGGCUGCGUGCCAGCUUGUUGGCGGAUGGCGCGCCGUGCGGACUUGAUGCGUGAACGGACGCCUCGUCUCGCCUUCACCUCACCGGCGCUUCCACGCUAACAGGUAGCCCGGGUGCGUUCUCCUUGGUUCUGCGCAUCGAUCCCGGGGAGGAGGGGGGGAGGCACGUCGGAGUGGAAGGACACCCGCAAAAAGGGCUGCAAGGAGGAUGAGACGCUGAUCACCGCAACUGCUGCAGGUUUGGAAGAUUCCUUAUAAAACGUUUGAUUCCCGUCCUCCGUCAUGGAUCUAAAAGACUAUUACCUGUUGGGUGCUCUACUCGCCUGUAUCUGGCUCGACCCAUCCAUCGCCCAAGAACUAAUCUACCCCAUCAGGGAGGAGCUGCAGGAGAAUAUGCUCAUCGGGAAUAUACCCAGGGACCUUAACAUUUCUCACACCAACGCUGCCACCGGAGCAAGUGCUAAUCUGGUGUACCGACUCGUCUCCAAGGCGGGAGAUAAUCCCCUGGUCCGCGUUCUGAGCAGCACCGGUGAGAUAUUCACCACCUCCAACCGAAUAGACCGGGAGAAGCUAUGCCCCGGCCCCUCGUUUGAGGACAGCGAAUGCUCCUUUGAGAUCGAAGUGGUCAUCCUGCCUAAUGAUUAUUUCCGGCUGAUUAAGAUCAAAAUAACCGUCAGAGACACAAACGACAACGCGCCGAUGUUUCCGUCACCUGUGAUCAACAUCUCCAUCCCGGAGAACACGCUCAUUAACAGCCGUUUCGCUAUUCCUUCGGCCACCGACCCUGACACCGGCCCCAAUAGUGUCCACAAAUAUGAGCUGAUCAACGGGCAAAGUGCUUUCGGCCUGGACAUAGUGGAAACACCCGAGGGGGAGAAGUGGCCCCAGCUUAUUGUGCAGCAGAAUCUGGACAGAGAGCAGAAGGACACGUACGUGAUGAAGAUCAAAGUGGAGGACGGCGGCAGCCCUCAGAAAUCCAGCACUGCCAUCCUACAAGUUUCCAUAACGGACGUCAACGACAACCGGCCUGUGUUUAAGGAGAGUCAGGUGGAGGUGCAUAUCCCGGAGAAUUCCCCCGUCGGCACAUCUGUCGUGCAGCUUCAGGCCACGGACGCAGAUGUAGGAGCCAACGCAGAGAUUCGAUAUGUGUUUGGCGCUCAGGUGUCACCUGCUACUAAGAGGCUGUUUGCACUCAAUACCACAUCUGGCCUAAUCACGGUGCAGAGGCCCUUAGACAGGGAAGAGACUGCAAUACAUAAGCUCUCUGUUGUGGCUAGCGACGGCAGUCCGAGCCCCGCCAGAGCGAUUAUUUCCAUCAACGUGACCGAUGUUAAUGACAAUCCCCCCAAUAUAGACCUGAGAUACAUUAUCAGUCCCAUUAACGGCACUGUUUUCCUCUCCGAGAAGGAUCCUAUUAAUACCAAGAUAGCCCUCAUCACGGUGUCGGACAAAGACACCGACAUCAACGGCAAGGUCAGUUGUUUCAUCGAGAACAACGUGCCCUUCCACCUCAAAGCUGUGUAUGACAACCAGUAUCUGCUGGAGACAUCUGCGCUGCUCGACUAUGAAGGGACAAAGGAAUAUAACUUUAAGAUCGUGGCUUCCGAUUCCGGGAAACCCAGCUUGAAUCAGACCGCUUUGGUGCGGGUGAGGCUGGAGGACGAGAACGACAACCCGCCUAUUUUCACUCAACCCGUCAUCGAGCUGGCCGUCAUGGAGAACAACCAACGCGACUUAUUCCUCACCACUCUCAGCGCCACGGACGAGGACAGUGGCAAAAACGCGGAGAUUGUUUAUCAGCUGGGGCCGAACGCGUCCUUCUUUGACCUCGACCGCAAAACGGGGGUUUUGACGGCGUCCCGGGUUUUCGACCGCGAGGAUCAGGAUCGCUUCCUGUUCACUGUCACGGCGAGGGACAACGGGACCCCGCCUCUGCAGACGCAGGCGGCGGUCAUCGUAACAGUGCUGGACGAAAACGACAACAACCCCAAGUUCACGCACAAUCACUUUCAGUUCUUCGUCUCGGAGAAUCUUCCCAAGUACAGCACCGUCGGGGUGAUAACUGUGACGGAUUCCGACGCCGGGGAAAACGCCGCAGUUUCUCUUUCCAUUCCGAAUGACAAUGAAAACUUCAUACUGGAUGCGUUCUCUGGCGUGAUAAAGUCCAACGUGUCCUUUGACAGGGAGCAACAGAGCUCCUACACGUUUGACGUCAGGGCUGUGGACAGCGGCAGACCCCCUUGCUCCUCAGCAGCUAAGGUGACCAUCAAUGUCAUCGACGUAAACGACAACACUCCGGUUGUCAUAUACCCCCCCUCAAACACGUCUUUCAAACUGGUCCCUCUGUCCUCUAUCCCCGGAUCUGUGGUCGCGGAGGUGUUUGCAGUGGACGGCGACACAGGAAUGAACGCUGAACUCAAAUACACAAUCGUGAGUGGCAACAACAAAGGUCUGUUCAGGAUCGACCCCGUCACCGGGAAUAUCACCCUGGAGGAGAAACCCGCAGUGAGCGACUUGGGUCUACAUAGAUUGGUCGUCAACAUCAGCGAUUUAGGAUAUCCUAAGUCCCUUCAUACUCUGGUGCUGGUCUUUCUUUACGUCAAUGAUACUGUGGGCAACUACACACUCAUCAAUGACCUCAUCCGACGUAGGAUGGAGACACCGAUUGAUCGGAACAUGAGCGAUAGCAGCGAGACCUACCAAAGCGGGGACUAUUUAACAAUAAUGAUAGCCUUUGUGACCGGCGCCCUGGUGGUGAUUAUCGUCAUAUUCGUUACCGUCCUGUUGCGCUGCCGUCACACCUCCAGGUUCAAAGCUGCACAGAGGAAAAAGCAGGGGACCGAGUGGAUGUCGCCGAACACGGAGAACAAGCAGAACAAGAAGAAAAAGCGCAAGAAAAGGAAAUCUCCCAAGAGCUCUCUGCUCAACUUUGUCACCAUCGAGGGGAACAAACCUGACGACCCCGCCCACGAGCCCAUCAACGGGAGCAUCAGUCUGCCCACCGAAUUGGAAGAUCAAGGGAUCGGACGCUUUGAUUGGAAUGCCACGCCUACCACCACCUUCAAACCCGGCAGCCCCGACCUGGCCCGACACUACAAAUCCGCCUCGCCGCAGUCGGCCUUCCACCUCAAGGCCGACACGCCGGUUUCCGUCAAGAAGCACCACGUGAUUCAGGAGCUCCCUCUGGAUAACACGUUUGUCGGGGGCUGCGACACCCUUUCCAAGAGGUCCUCCACGAGCUCAGACCACUUCAGUGCCUCGGAGUGCAGCUCCCAAGGAGGGUUCAAGACGAAGGGGCCCAUGCACACCAGACAGCAGGGAACAUUAACCCGUGCCCGAACUGAACUCAACCCUGAAUAUCUGGACCUCCGUCCCCGAGCUGAGCUGAACCCUGAAUACUGGACCCCGUGCACACCUUUAUCGCAGCGCCGCGUCACGUUUCACCUGCCGGACGGCUCCCAGGAGAGCUGCAGUGACAGCGGUCUGGGGGAACAUGAGCCGGUAGGCAGUGGCCCCCUGCUGACACAACCUCUCCCUCUGGUGCAGGCGCAGGAUCAUCUCUACCAGCAGGCCUCGCCCGACAAGAGGACCGAAGCGGACGGCAACUCCGACCCCAACUCUGACGGCCCGCUGGGACCCCGCGGCCUGAUGGAGGCCUCGGAGAUGUGCACGCAGGAGUGUCUGGUCCUGGGACACUCGGACAACUGCUGGAUGCCCCCCACUCUGGGACCCUACCAGUCGCCCGUGUCCAGUUACGGCGCUCAGAGGGAGUGGGCUGCCAACGAUAAACUUCUCAACGGACACACCUUGACUAGAACCUGGAAACGGGAGAACGGGCAGUCGGAGCAUUUUGGCGACAGGAAGCCGUUUGGGAGCGGAGAGGGACAUUUCACCGGCGGCAUGGCCGACAUUCCGCUGGUGAGUUUAAAGUCCUGCCCGGACAGUCCCAAGGACCAGCAGCUCUAAGGUGGACCUGUCUUCUCACGAGCGGACACAACGACUCACCUGAGAGCUUCUUCUUUUCUUCUUGCAUCAUCUCACAUUCCUUUGGAUGCUUCUGCAGAGAUGGCCUAACGAGGGUCACAUGGGACAAAAUUAAAUGAACAAAUAAUAUUAGAAUUAUUACUUAAAUGUGUGAUUAAUCCAUUAUAUUGGAGAUUUAAUACGUUAAUGUGUUAUUAAAUGUGUCAAUUUAUUUAAUGCAAAAAUAUCAUUA